AUGCUUGGAGACGUCGAGAGCGGCAUGUUUGCUCUAAAGCUUGGGGCUAAAAUGCGUGGAAGCCCCAUGACCAUCGACGCGCUUGGGCUACAGGAGAAGAAACCAGCAGCACAUCGCGCGCGUUCGCGCUGGUCAGAUGACAGCGAGUCGAUGCUAUCUUCUCUCGCGCCGCCGCGCGGACAGCCGCCAGAUCAACAUCGCACGUCGGCCCAAGCAGCCGAGCCCAUGGCCGCGCCGCGUCAAGAGGCUUCGCCAUCUGCGACACACAUGGCAGCAUCGAUCGGCAACUACGAAAUGCCUACCACGAAUCAGCGAAAGCUCAACAUUCGCAUGCUCGAUGGGACGGAGCUCUACAAAGGACUCGGGAACGAAUCUGUUUGA